AUGCUGACGUUAGCGAGUAAGCUGAAACGAGCAGAGCGGGUGAAGGCCGGCCACAUCUCUGACUCCUCCCGCCGAACUUCUAUCCGAGACCGGCUACUGAUCAGAGAAGUUGCAGAACUUGAAGCCAGCCUUCCCAGUACUUGUAAAGUCAUCUUCCUUGAUAAGAACAAGCUCCACUCCUUUCAACUUGAUGUCUCCCCAGAUGAAGGCUACUACCAGAGCGGCAUGUUCCAGUUUGAGAUAAAUGUCCCCGAAGUAUACAACAUGGUGCCUCCCAAAGGUGAAUGCCUGACCCGAUGAAUAUGGCAUCCUAAUAUCACAGAGGUGGGAGGCAUCUGUCUGAGUAUACUGAGGGAGCACUCGAUUGAUGGCACAGGUUGGGCCCCAACCAGGACACUGAAGGAUGUUGUGUGGGGGCUGAACUCUUUAUUCACUGAUCUAAUGAACCUCGACGACCCAUUGAACAUCGACGCAGUGGAGCAUCACCUACGGAACAAAGAUGAUUUCCAUGACAAAGUUCAAGAUUUCAUCAAGCGCUACGCCAGAUAA